UCCUUUUCUGAAGGCGGCGGUUUUAUUUAAAAUCGUGUUUAUGUCUUGUAGCAACCUAAUAAAUAAUUUUUGACACACAUCAAUUAAGUUAAGUUAACCCGUUUGUCUUGGAUAGCCGUCUUAAUUACAUGAUAUUAAUCACAUUGUGAGUCAGUUUCUAUAUAGGACACCCCUGUCAUUUCUGGGUAUUGCUCCUGACACUUCCUUGUUCAAAAGUUUUAUUUAGAGGAAGGCUUGGGGGAAAGUUAGACACCGGUUUGGAUAUUUCGACGUUGUUGUGGUCAAAUAUUAAGGGCAUGGAUCGUAUUCACUGUACAUUUUGGCACAAGUAAGCGUGAGCGUAUUGUAGUUUGUCCCAUGGCUGUAAUUACCAGAAGCUGCUUGCUAACGUUGCACUGAGCGGCUCCAUAAAGAGGAAGAUGUCCACGGCUAACGUUAGCGAAGACAUCAGCGCGAAGUUUCCUCUGCAUUCCGCAGUGUGGGAGAACGAUUACAGGAAGCUGGAAGAGCAAAUAACGUUACCACAGAAUGAGAUCGAGGCUGUGGAUCCCAGAGGUCGGACGCCUCUGCACCUGGCCGUGUCCCUCGGCCACCUGGAGUCGGUUAGAGUCCUUCUCAGACACGGUGCUGAAGUGACGAAAGAAAACAGCCACAAUUGGACAGUGCUGCAGGAGGCAGUCAGCACCGGAGAUCCAGAGAUGGUCCAGUUAGUGCUUCAACGCAGAGACUACCUCAAAGCCUCCACUGCUCUAGGAGGAGUGCCUGAGCUGCUGGCAAAGAUCCGAGAGUCUCCAGACUUCUACAUGGAAAUGAAGUGGGAAUUCACCAGUUGGAUCCCUCUUCUGUCCCGGGUUUGUCCAAGUGAUGUUUGUCGCAUUUGGAAAAGUGGCGCCAGCCUGCGAGUGGAUGCCACUCUUCUGGGCUUUGAAAACAUGACCUGGAUCAGAGGGCGUAGAAGCUACAUCUUCAGAGGAGAUGAUUCUCAUGCAGAGCUGAUGGAGGUGAACCAUGACGAUGAAGUUGUGGACACUGAGCGCUUAAAUAUAUCCCAAGAAAUGGAGGAUGUCACACUGGAGUCGAUGCAGCCGGCUGAACAGGAAAUUGCCAAAAGGUUGACGACCCCUAUCGUCAACACCUACUUGGAUACCAAGGAUAUUGCUUUUGAGAGAACCAAGGCUGGGAUUUGGGGCUGGAGAAGUGACAAAACUGAAUUGGUCAAUGGAUUUGAAGCAAAGGUUUUCAGUGUGAACAACGUAAAUGUGGUGAUCAGGACAAGGACGGAGCAUCUCACAGACGAGGAAAAAGCCCGGAUAAAAAGUGAAAGAAACAUCUUGGAGUCUCUACUGGGGACCGUGGAGCAGCACAUAAGUGCACAAGGGGACUUGACUCUUGAGUAUGCGACUGCCACCAAUCCCACUGCCAUCACUCCAGAGGAAUACUUUGAUCCUGACUUUGACCUGGGGGACAGAGACAUCGGGCGACCCAUUGAACUGAGUGUUCGAACACAGAAAUUUAAAGGUACAUUGUGGAUGAGCGAAGAUCAUCCUCUGUCCCUGGUCGAGCAGGUGACCCCCAUCAUCGACCUCAUGGCUCGGACCAGUUCCCAUUUCGCGCGGCUACGAGACUUUGUAACCCUGAAAUUUCCUCCCGGGUUUCCUGUUAAAAUAGAGAUUCCCCUGUUUCAUGUGCUGAAUGCCAGGAUUACAUUUGGUAAUGUCAAUAAAUGCAGUACUGAAGAGGAGGCGAAGCCAACACCAGCAGCUACACCAACAUCCUCAGGAGAAGAUGAAGAAGCUGCAGCACUGCCUCUGUUUUCAGUGUGUCCUUCAGUGUUUGAGGUGCCUGCCAGUUACCACCGGCGAGGAGGCAGCCGACACACGCCUGCGUCCAACAACGACGAGGAGCUGCUGCAGUACGCCAUCCACCAGAGUCUCCUGGAGUCUCGCCGAGCCGCGGGCCAGGAAGGGAGCUGGGAUGAUGCAGAUGGGGAAUUCCCCAAUGUAAUGCCCAGCAGCCAGAGUGACAGGAGCAUCCCAGAGGGGGUGCUAGUGGAAUACGAAGUCACCCCGAGUCCCGUCAGCUCCACUUCUGCCUCGAGCACCGACACAGAGCUCCGCCUGGCCAUGGAGCUCUCCGCUCGAGCCCAAGCGGAAGAGGAGAGGAUGAGGAAGCAGGAGGAAGAGGAGCUGGAGAGGAUAUUGCAGCUAUCGCUUACCGAGAAGUAAAAAAUAAAAAAAGGAAUAAGAGGGAAUCACGAUACAACUUUUCCAGAUCCAGAAGCAACUACCACACCUCAAUUGUCCUUCUUAACCACUGUAGUCAUCUAUGCAACCGCAGAUUUCUUUCUGUAACAGAUCAUUCUUGCACAGGCAAUAUCAGACUCUCGGUAUCCAAUAUUUUCCAAAAGGUAUUUUUGGUAAGAGCAUACACCUUUAUAUAUUUCUAUCUCAGCGUAGUGUGUCUUCAUCCUCAAGCUUAAACCAUGGACUCUUUCAGAUGAUUUCGGGGUCUUCUUUCUAUUUAUUUCUUUUCUUUUCCAAAUCAGAACAGCAGCAACCCACAUUUGUUGAUCAUAUAUUUUCCGGAGUGGGGUCAAAUCACUGUAAUUCAGGUUCUGUUUGACUACUCCAGUUGACUUCAGACAGUGAUGUCACUUAAAUGUGGCACUUAAGGUCCAAAGCACUGACUUUUUUUAAUUAUCCUCUCAGAAAGCUAGAAUAAAGAAAAAAGCCUAGCACAAGAGAAAACUACUCGCUCUUUGGACCCAACGGAGCAGAUUUGAGUGUUUUCACUGUGAAGUCUUCCUUUAGAGUCACCUUGUUGAGGACCACGGCUCACUGAAUAAUGAAAAUCUCAGGGUUCCAGUUUUACACAUUUAACCUUCACUUUGGAAUCGAUUUGUUUGACCCAUUGUAGACCGGUAGAUGUUUCAUCGGUGUGAAAUCUCAGUGCAUAUUACUCUUUGCCAUAUCAAUAUUAAUUGAGAAAGUUGGGUUGAUUGAAUUUACUCUUAUUAAUUAAUCUACAUUUAUGUAAACAAAAGCAUGCUGCUGUGAGAGAAACUUAAAAAUCAGCUGCAUGGUAACGAAGUAUCUUCACUGCGACGGAGAUUGGGGGUUAACUUUCCUCGGCUUUUUGUUUUACUGGAUGUUUUCUGGGAUUUCUUGGUGAGAGAGUUGAUAUUUUUCUUAACUUCAAGCAUUAUCACCUCAGUUCAAAAACGCAGUAGCAGAGACCAGAGUCUGUCUGUGGAUGCACAGCCAUCGUGGAGUCAGGAAGCAGCCACGCAAACCGAGAUUAUUCAAACUCCUACAGGCCGUCUGUUAGCCUUUUGUAGCCAUGAACAACAUCAGACCUCCGAGCAGAAGAGAAGACAGCACAAACUCAAAGAUCAAGCAUGUCCGCCAUACCUAGGAUUAGAUUCUUCAGCAUGUGCCAAGAGGAUGCUUUCCUUUGAACGCUUCCGUCUGAGCGAGAGGCAGUGACAGAGUAAUGUGGUGCCACUCUGACUAACCAUUCAAACAGAUUUUCUUUCUUUCUUUUUUCUUUUUUUUUUUUUUUUUACAUUUUGUAACUUUAAAACAAGAUAAUGAGCUGUUGACAUUAAAGUUGUGCUUGGGUGUUGCUGAGUUAAACGCGUUAACCACUAUAACUUGACUUCACUGACAACCAACCACUGAGCAAACGUCUCUCUGCGUCGCCGCUGUCUGACUUUCACGGGCUUCAGCUGAAAUAAAUCUACUAAUCAUGACGAUCAAGUUUCCAAACUGACGGAACUGUCGACUUUUAAAUAACAAAUAAAUUAAAAAAAAAAAA